CAGUCGCUCCUCCGUUAAUAGUCUCGUUCACUCAUAUAUCACCCGAAAAUGCUGGCGGGCGGCGGAGUGGUGUGCGGAGUCUCACGCGCCACCUUUAUUCCCUCCCUGCUCCGCCGCCACUAUGGCGGAGCUUCCACCCUUCGCUGCUUCUCAGCUCCAGAUCACGUUGGAUUCGUCAGAGAUGUAGCUGUAACUCAGCCUCCAGCUCACCUGCCUCAACUGCUGAAAGUGCUUCAGGCGAGAGGUGAUAAAAUAUUAUCUCCGGGAGCCAAGAAUGGGAUCAUCCCUCUUGCUAUUCCGUUAGCUGAAAAUAGUUCAGGGGCUAUUACUGCAUUCCUGCGAUGGCCAACAGCUCCAUCUGGUAUGGAGAUGCCAGUCGUGGAGGUUCAGAGGCAUGGAGUGUGGCUUUUGGCUAAGAAUGUAGAUCAAUUUAUCCAUAGAAUUCUAGUCGAACAAGAUGCCCUCGGCUCUGCUGAGAGCAGCAAUGAGCUAUUUCAUGCUUCUGGUGAUGCCGGAGACAAACUUUACAGGAAGGGGGAUUUCGCCAAGUCUAAUGUCUCAAGUCUAGAUGUCUAUCUCCUCCAGAAGGUUGGUUUAUUUCCAGAUGUCUUGGAGCGCAAAGUGAUGAAACACUUCGAGAAAGGGGACCAUGUUUCAGCAUUAGUGACGGGUGAAUUCUAUACGAAGAAGGAAAACUUCCCAGGAUUUGCACGGCCUUUCGUAUUCAAUGCACAAAUUUUACUGAAGGUUGGGCGCAGUGUAGAGGCCAAAGAUGCUGCAAGAGGAGCUUUGAAAUCACCUUGGUGGACUCUUGGUUGUAAAUAUCAAGAUGUUGCUGAUAUAGCAGAAUGGGAAGAUGAGCAGAUCGAAUACAUUAAAGAGAAGAUUACCGAGGAGGGUCGGCAAGAAGAUCUAAAGAAGGGGAAGCCUCUCGAGCAGAUUGUGUUGGACGAAGCAGCAUUUCUAUUGGAUUUAGCCUCAAUUGAUGGGACCUGGAAUGAAUAUGUGGAGAGAAUUGCCGAAUGCUAUGAUAAGGCUGGGCUCCCAGAUAUCGCAAGAUUUGUUCAGUAUAGAGACUGAGAAUCACCAUAUACAAGGACUUUUCCGGACCAUUCUAGGGUAAUAUGUGCAAUGGCAGAGUGAAAUAGACCAUGGAAAUUUAUAGAGAAGAUUGGUGAGACAAUUUUGAGUCAUCGGGUCAUUCAUGAUCUAUGUAGGAUCAAACAUUUUCCCCUUAUGAUGGCGAGAUUCAUUUGGAGUUUCCAAGCUUAUGACCCUGCCAUUAGUUUAUGAUGGCGAGUUGUCAAGACGAGCUCUGGCCGUUUUGUUGUUUAUGAGGGCAGAUUCUAAAGACCUGCUCGGAGUUCGGCUUGGCAUUCAGCCCUUCGAUUUAAGUACGAGAAAAAGGAUUUUUACACAA